CUCCCGCGCUCCCUCCCUCCCUCCCUCCUCGUUCCCUCUCCUCUCUCGCUAUAGAGGGCUCCCACAGCACUUCCCAGCCAGUGUGCUCAGCCUGCCUGCCUGCCUGCCUGCCUCUCUCUCUCUGUCUCUCUCUCUGUCUCUCUCUCUCUCUCUCUCUCUGUGUGUGUGUGUGUGUGUGUGUGUGUGUGUGAGCGUGUGUGCGUGCGUGCGUCUACUUUGUACUGUGAAGAACACAGCCCAUGUGCUCUGCAUGGACGUUCCUGAUACUCUAUUAAGCUUGAUUUUCGACAAGCAGGCAAGAUGUCCAGCACACCACAUGACCCCUUCUAUUCUUCUCCUUUCGGCCCAUUUUAUAGGAGACAUACACCAUACAUGGUACAGCCAGAGUACCGAAUCUAUGAGAUGAACAAGAGACUGCAGUCUCGUACAGAGGACAGUGACAACCUCUGGUGGGAUGCGUUUGCCACUGAAUUUUUCGAAGAUGAUGCCACAUUAACACUUUCAUUUUGUUUGGAAGACGGACCAAAGCGAUACACUAUCGGCAGGACCCUCAUCCCCCGUUAUUUUAGCACCGUAUUUGAAGGAGGGGUGACAGACCUGUACUACAUCCUCAAACACUCAAAGGAGUCAUACCACAACUCAUCCAUCACAGUAGACUGCGACCAGUGUGCCAUGGUCACACAGCAUGGGAAACCCAUGUUUACCAAGGUAUGCACAGAAGGCAGGCUGAUCUUGGAGUUCACGUUUGAUGACCUCAUGAGAAUAAAAACGUGGCACUUUACCAUUAGACAGUACAGGGAGCUGGUGCCCAGAAGCAUCCUAGCCAUGCACGCACAAGAUCCUCAGGUCCUGGAUCAGCUGUCCAAAAAUAUCACCAGAAUGGGUCUCACAAACUUCACCCUCAACUACCUCAGGUUGUGUGUAAUACUGGAGCCAAUGCAGGAACUGAUGUCGAGACACAAAACCUACAACCUCAGUCCCCGAGACUGCCUGAAGACCUGUCUGUUUCAGAAGUGGCAGCGGAUGGUGGCCCCGCCAGCAGAACCCACAAGACAACCGACAACCAAAAGGAGAAAACGAAAAAACUCUACAAGCAGCACGUCCAACAGCAGUGCCGGGAAUACGACCAACAGCGCAGGCAGCAAGAAGAAGACCCCGGCGGCCAGCCUGAGCCUGUCCACUCAGGUACCUGGGCUAGGAGCCAUCCCGAACUGCAGCCUCAACCCUGGGAGGGAUGGAGACCUGUGUCAUUCAACAGCAGUGACCCCUUCUGGCCAAUUUAAGGAGAAGCAUUGAGGGGCCCUGAAAGGAGUCACUUCCAGUCCUCCUCAGAGGAUGUGAUGGUGGUAGGAGAGCCAACUCUGAUGGGAGGUGAGUUUGGGGACGAGGACGAAAGGCUAAUCACUAGAUUAGAAAACACGCAGUAUGAUGCGGCCAACGGCAUGGACGACGAAGAAGACUUCAACAAUUCACCUGCCCUGGGGAACAACAGCCCGUGGAACAGUAAACCUCCCGCCACGCAAGAGACCAAAUCAGAAAACCCCCCACCCCAGGCUUCCCAGUAAGAUGGGUCACUGGCACCUGAUUCCGCUGUCCAUAGGCCUGUGGGGUAGAAUUCCAGUUGCAAAUCUCUACUAUCAGGAGAGAAAAAGAGAUGAAAUUUAAAACACACAAGCAAAACAUUCCCAUGCAAACAUCUAUUUCUAAACAUAAUGACCUGAUUUUAUUUCUUGCAAUUUUUCCCCUUUUUAAUUGAGAGGAUCGUUCAAAUGAGCCUCCGUGGCCUCUCCUUGGAGGCCUUCACAAGAAAUAUAGACACUGACCCUGACGGUAAUUAGAAGCAGCAGAGAGAGGCUCGCGCACGUCCUGGCACGGUCUUACCUCCCUCCCGUGUUGAACUUCCUGUCCAGGCACCCUACGAAGGCCAUGCUGUCCAAACGUGCUCAGGAUGUCAGUAACAUGCCGACCCCAACUACAGAUGACUUUUUAAUAUUGUAAAAUAUUUUCUGCUUUUUGACUUGCAUUUGAGAGUUUCUUGUUUCAGUAAAAAAAGAAAAGAAAAGAAAAAUAUCCGUUUUGGGAAAGUAAUUUAAACGUACUGCCCCCGCCGUCUCCACUUUCCAUUGGUUUCCAUGUGGCAAGAUCCCUAAGAAAACACAGCUAGGCGACUUUCUAGCAAACUGAAGCUAAUUGGCUCUUGAAUCUGAGUUGUUUCAAUUUAUGCCAAGUACUAAAACAAGGAAUCAUCAAAGAUAUAUGGGUAGAUUUUAUUAUGUACACGAAGACAAAUGGACCCUGAGAAAUGUAUGCAUUUGUAAACUUGAUGUGGGUCCGAAUAUUUUCAAGCCAUGUAAUCCAUUAAUUUUGUGGGAAGCUUAUUAAAUCUGAAACUUUUUAUUUCUUCUUAUUUUAAUUGUAUCUUAGUUGACUGAGUUUUGGUGGGAUUUUUUUAUGCUAUAUUUCCUGUGUAAUAUUUUGUAAAUCCUUCACCUGUUUCUUUUAUGGGGACUUUUCUUUUGGGGCAAGUUCAGUGUAUUUAUGUGAAACUUUAUAAGAGAACUAAUUUUUCCAUUUGCAUAUUAAUAUGUUCCUCUAUACAUGUAAAGACACAGUGACUCCGUGUGUCAUAAAACAGCUGUAUUUUAUGUAUGCUUUACUGGUAAGUGUGCCAAUAAUAAACUGUGUUAAUGACCAAAGUAA